UCAAGAUAAUACACGCUUAUGAUUAAAGAGCAAUAUUCCCAAAAGUAUACAAGGAUAUAAGACAUAUGAGAAGCAGCUUUGUACAAGGGGAGUGUUACGAAACGAGACAACGUCUCUAGGAAGGGCGUGAUUAGCGGAUGUCGUUUAGAUUAGGCGUGUCCAAAGUACCGAACGGGCGUGUCCCUUCAUACGGACACCUUCUCGCAUGGCAACUGCCAUCUUUUGUAAACAGACGUCUAUGCGGAGGCGUCCCAAACUCUUGUACUCUCUCCAUCCCAAAAUUCUUGUCUCAGGUUUGUUUAAAAAUGAAUGUAUCUAAAUACUAUAAUAUGACUAGAUACAUUCAUAUUUAGACAAAUCUAAGACAAGAAUUUUGAGUGGGAGGAAGUAUAAAUUAGGCUUUGCCCAGAACCGUGAAUUUUGUUACAGACUGAACCGUGAAAUUACUAAGAGGAUAAGGGAGGUCCGGUGCUGGCCUCGACCUCCCACUGUCCAACCGGCGAGCGGGCGCGGCGCGGGCUGCUUCCCAGGCGCACCACUGCCCAACCGGCGAGCUCGGGCGUAGCGGCGAGCGCGGCGGGGGCUGCUCCCCACAGACGAUGGCGGGCGCGACGACGGACUCGACCAAGCGCGGCGGGGGCUGCUCCCCACAGACGAUGGCGGGCGCGACGACAGACUCGACCAAGCGCGGCGGGGGCUGCUCCCCACAGACGAUGGCGGACGCGAGCAGGCGCGGGGGUGCUUGCGAGGGUUGCUCCCCAGGCGCGGAGCGGGCGCGGCGGGGGACACGAGCAGGCACAAGGGUGCGGCGAGGGCUGCUCCCCAAGCGUAGCGGCGGACGAGAGAAGGCGCGGCGACAGAGUACGCCCCAUCAGCUGCCUCGAGCGUGCGGCAGCAGGCACGACGACGGUGUGCGCGAGGUAGCAUCGGCAUACGCUCACCGGAGAAAUCCCACCGGACCGGUGGAAGACAAAGGAUAUAGGAACUUCCAUUUAGAUUUGAUUGUCACCGUCAUCCUAGAGCAUAGAAGCAACAACUUCUAGCGGAUUGGCGCUUGAGCACGUGGUGGAGCGUCGCAACAUCGGUCUUCACAAUAGUGCGUUUACCUCGCGCUAUCGUCCAUCCACGAUGCGUUGAUCCUCAGAAUCUUUGAACCUGGCGAUACAGCUCAUGCGAGUCCACCUACUCCCUAAACAUGAGGUAUAUCAUUAUGAAUUAAUAUUGUUGGACUUUAAAGAUUACUACUUAGUAUUUUUGUUAGAUCUACCGUAAAUUACAAUAUUACAUACUUGUUUGAUCGACCGAAUGUAGUAGCUAGAAAUUUUUAGCCGCUUGUUUACUAACCUACAAUUAAACAAGGGAAAAGCCAAAUGAUUUAUUUGGAAGUCU